AUGGAUCACAGCUUGGAAUUGAGUACAGACAAGAUUGGUAAGCUGGAUGAACCGCAAAUCGAGCCAGGGAACGCCCUUGGUAACGCGUUCCCAGUAGUGAAGAUCGAAGAAUACCAAGACAACUCGGAUGAAACCCCAAUCAAGGUGCGUAGGCGUGGGGGGAAGGCGCAAUCAAAACCUUCUUCUCCACAACCUGCCAGCCUCAAUAUUUCCCAAGGCGCUACCCGCCGCCGGCGUUCAAGCAGUCGAACAUCUAGCAAAAAUCUGAAGAGCACAACCGACAUAUCGCCGGCUUCGAUGAUCUUCCGUAACCUGCUGAUACUGGAAGAUGACCUACGAAGACAGGCUCGAGAGCAGAAGAUCCUGAAGUGGCAAUUUACCCUUUUCUUAUCAGCGUUGGUGGGCAUCGCUGCGGCCGCAUUUUAUGAGCUGUACUUCUCGCAAGAAUCUGUCAAGGGCAUAUACAAAGUGAUGCUAGAGUUCGUGUUGAUAUUUAUUCUUGUAACAGUCGUGCUGUUUCACCUAAGUGGAGAAUAUCGCCGCACCAUAGUGAUUCCGCGGAAAUUCUUCACUUCUACAAACAAGGGAAUCCGACAAUUCAACGUGAAGCUUGUAAAAGUUAAAAGCUCCAUACCGGAUCUUUGCAUUGACCUGGUACGAUGGGUGUGCCGAAAAUCUGCGGUUGUAAACCUGCUGCUCUCACGUAAGUGCUUGCCAGCGCGGAUAGCAGAAGACAGCUGGCUGCUCCGUUUCUGGACCUCUGUGGCUCUGAGAUCACAGCCGCGUAUCGGCGCCGUUGACGUUAAGCUUAUUUUAAACCCAAGAGCAUUCAGCGCCGAAAUUCGAGAGGGCUGGGAAAUAUACAGAGACGAGUUCUGGGCCCGUGAAGGAGCUCGGAGACGGAAAAAGGUCAACGAAACCAGCCCACGCAAAGAUGAGUAA